AUUCGCCAGAAUAUCCUUUCAUUCAUACAUUUAGUCAAUCACUUGUCUGUUAUAUAAUUUGUAAAUUAAAACAUUUUGUACAAAAUGUUUGCUUUUGCGAAAAGUGGCAAAACUUUUCUAAAGCCAUCGAUAAUUGGCGAACAAUCGGUUCUUUUGAAAACUGUUUACAAUUCUUCUCAAGAAUUAUCACAAAUUCAUAAACGAUUUAUCCAUAAAAAUACGAAUUCGCCGAAUGUCUUGAUUACUGGGAGUUUGGGACAGUUAGGCACUGGCCUCGCAAGACUAAUGAGGCAAAAGUAUGGCAAAGACAACGUUAUUAUGUCUGAUAUAAUCAAAGCGCCGAAAGAGAUCCUAAAGAGCGGACCAUUCAUUUACGCCGAUAUUCUUGAUUUCAAAAAUUUACAAGAAAUUGUUGUCAACCAUCGGAUCGAUUGGUUAAUACAUUUCAGUGCUUUACUCAGUUCUGUCGGCGAAUAUAACGUUCCGCUGGCGAUGAGAGUCAAUAUCGACGGUUUGCAUAAUGUGUUGGAAUUGUCGCGACAAUACAAACUCAGACUCUUCGUGCCCUCAACUAUAGGCGCCUUUGGGCCGCAAUCGCCCCGAAAUAUUCCCACUCCUGACUUUUGCGUCCAAAGACCGCAAACCAUUUAUGGUGUUUCCAAAGUUCACGCGGAACUCAUUGGAGAAGUAUUUACAAUAGUAAAUUCUGUCGCACAGUAUUAUUGGCAAAAAUUUGGAUUAGACUUCCGUUGCCUUCGGUUUCCUGGAGUGAUAUCCGCCGACACUAAUCCCGGCGGAGGGACCACUGAUUAUGCCGUUUCUAUCUUUCACGAGGCAUUAAAAUAUGGAUCGUAUGAAUGCUAUUUAAAGCCCGACACAAGACUUCCGAUGAUGUAUAUCGACGACUGUUUGAAUUCAUUGAUGUCUAUUAUGGAGGCAUCGGAUGAUCAACUGAAACAAAGAACAUAUAACGUAAAUGCCAUCAGUUUUACCCCCAAAGAACUCACUGAUGCCAUCAAGAGAUAUGUUCCCAAUUUUAAAGUUUCUUAUAAAUUAGACGGCAGACAGACUAUCGCGGACACAUGGCCUAGGUCGUUGGACGAUACAAACGCUCGUCAGGACUGGGGUUGGAAUCAUAAAUACGAUUUGGACGGCUUGUGUCAAACCAUGUUUAACGCACUACAGAAGCAAUAUAACAGCCCUCACAUGAGUCCUGACUUUACUAAUAAUAAACUUAACGAAGAAUCGCAGAAUUCUUUCGCUGCGACAGCCUAUUAG